AUGCAGAAUCCGUAUUGCCAGCAGCGUGGCUUGGGGCCUCAAGCUUGUAGCGUGUCUACCUCCUGGCAGAUUAUCAUGUGUCUUCCACAGUUUCAUCGCUGGUUCAAAUCUGGCCGGAUAGCGCCCCAAGAGCAGUUUGCUUCGUUCCAUCUACUCAUGGGAAUAGCUGCUUCGACGUGCUUGGUGCCUUUCCUUUAUGGCUUUCAAGGCCCCUCUGCAGAGGAUAACAGUCACUGUCCGUUUGGAAACUCGGAUCAGCUACGAUCGGCACAGAGUUCGACCUCCUUUGUCUGGUCUCAGCUGGGCCCUGCUGGCCCUACCAAGCUUGUCCAAUGUGGAAGAGCAAUGAGCAUGAUCGGCACAGGAAUUGGGCUUCAAUGCCACCGAACCCGGUGCUUUGGUUGCCUACAGCCCCAUUUUGACUUCUCCCGAUGGGCUUGCGUCCGCUGCUUCGAAGCGCUGUGGCAAGGUGUGAAGCAAAAGCCACAAAACACCUCAGAGAUUAUGCGCACCGUAUCUGCAGAAACGGAGGUUGGGUUUUGCUGCAGUGUCCGAAGCCAGUCAGACGAUCACUCGGCGAGUCGGAAUGGGAUAUGUUACAGUUGGCUUGGCGAGGCUGUUGAUGAGCUGCCAGAUGGGACAAUCUUUGACUAUGUACCUGGCACGCCUGGCUUCCUGGCCACUUACACCGGGGACUACUAUUGCACAAUGUGGCGUGCUGCUCUCAUUCUUCGGGCCGCAGUCGUUCUCAGCUCGUCUAUGUUGAUGAGCAAGUACUGGGCAUCUCUCUCCUUAGAAGCCGAGGAGUGA